UAUAGCUAUGUUCCCGAUGCAAUGGCGUAUCACAGUGGAAUUACAAUGCGCCGAUGCGUUUCAGCAAUCUGUGUGCUGUUUUUGGUAUUCUGUAUCGUUUUGUGGCUAGGGAGGAAUGGUGGUUCAGAUUUACACAGUGGGUACACAACACAAAACAGUGGUAUCAAGUCGGAUCUGGCAAUUGGAGAAACUAACAGAACACGAACACGAACAUCAAAAGGGUCAGUCGUCCAGACUACAGAUCAAGACUUGUAUAAUGGAGGAAAUGACAUGCAGAAAAGUCAGACAUACAAUAGUGGUCCCGUAAAACAUAUCGCUUUUUUAAAGGUCCAUAAAGUUGCAAGUGGCACCAUGCAAAAUCUGUUCCUCCGUUUCGGUAUUGAACAUGACUUAGUGUUUGUUUUACCCCAACACGGUACCACAUUACCCAUGGGUACAGGCCUACCGAUCUCGUCAAGGGCCCUUCCACCACCCAGAAACAGAACGUACGACAUUCUCUGUAACCAUAUCCGCUACAACAGAAGUGAGUUUGAGAAAACUCUUCCCUCGGAUUCUGUGUACGUAGCCACAGUACGAGAUCCCUUCCGACAGUUCAUCUCGUCUGUUCAUUAUUACCACAGACAUUUCAUGUUAAAUAUCGCAAAACAACAACCAAUUCUUAAAUUCUUGCAAGCGCCGAACGAGUACAGACGUAUAAUUGGGGAAAAUAAAAAAGUAUCCAAUUUAUAUNUACCACAGACAUUUCAUGUUAAAUAUCGCAAAACAACAACCAAUUCUUAA